UUUAUAUAAUACCCACAGACUCCAUGUUAAACCCUUAAUCUUUCUUCUCUAGGGUUUUCUCAUCGUUGCUUCAAAUGGCGAUCGAUAUUGUUCCUCCGAAGAGACGCCGACUCACGGAUGAAUCGGAAUUUGACGUCAUCACCGGCGAAGAUGACGAACAACUCCAAAUCUUGCUAUGCUCGGAGGAAUUGACACCGGCAUACGACUAUAUGGAUGAAGAUAUUAAGCCCAUUCAGGCAUUCAUCUCUGAAGAGGUUGAUAGUAGAGACGUUGGGGUCACCGGAAUGACGAUCAUGGUUGCUGGGUCUUCUUACAUUCCGAAAUUGAACGCAGAAAAGCCAUUAGGUGAAGACGCAAGCUUUAUUUGUCUUAACAAACAGGUGAUCGGUGUUGCUGAUGGUGUUGGUGGGUGGGCGAAAAAGGGUAUCGAUUCAGGUGUGUAUUCAAGGGAAUUGAUGAAAAACGCUGAAUUGGCAAUUCAGAAGCAGAGUAGUAUUACUACUAUUGAUUUGAUGAAAGUUCUUAAUGAAGCUUUUUCGAAUACAAAGGCGAAGGGUUCUUCUACUGCUUGUAUUCUGUCUCUUUCCGAUGACACAUUGCACGCUGUUAACGUCGGAGAUAGUGGGUUUGUAGUAAUAAGAGAGGGGAUAAUUGUGUAUAAAUCGAAAGGUCAGCAAUCAAGGUUCAAUUGUCCUUUUCAAUUGGGGAAUGGGAGUACUUCUGAUGAUCCGAGUGUAGCUGAGAAAAUCAGUGUUCCAGUGAUAGCAGGGGAUGUGAUCGUGUUGGGAACAGAUGGAUUGUUUGAUAAUGUACAUGAUUUCGAGUUAGAAGCAAUUGUGAAUUCAGGGGUGGAGUCAUGGGAAUCAGAUGUGCCUGAGACAUUGGCAUGGAGGAUUGCGCAGUAUGCAUUAGACAAUGCCAAGAACACAGAGGUCUACACGCCUUUUACGAGAGAGUGUUUUAAAGAUGGUGUUGUACGUAAUGGUGGAAAGUAUGAUGAUAUUACUGUCAUUGUCGCGAAUAUUUGGCCUUUGUAGUGCUCUCUGGCUUUUGAUGUCUGAUCUAACUUACUUGAAGAGAAAUUAGAGUUAAAACAAUUUUUUUUCGUAAUAGUUGUAAAUAAUUGUUCUUCAUAGGUUUGAUAUUAGCUGAGGAACAAUCUUUAUAUGUAGUUUGAUUCGAUUUGUUUCUCCAUCUUCUUCUCUCGUCUUCAAUCUCUUCUGCUCUUUCAAGACAUGAACUUUGUAAUAUACGAUUAACAAGAUAACAGGAAAUUGUAUUC